CGCUGACUACGACUGGCGGCGGCCGUUUGGGGAUGAGGGUGAAGGGGAGCAGGUCGCGGACGAGUCGCCGGGCGGCUCCCCGCCCACCCUCCAGGGGCUGCAGCUGGAGGUGACCCCUGGGUCGCUGCUGGCGGUGUGUGGAGAGGUGGGCUGCGGCAAGAGCAGCCUGCUAGCCGCCUUGCUGGGGGAGCUGCAGCCGCUGAGGAGCAGAACCAGCGCCAGCCAGUCCGCCGCAUCUCCUUCUUCCUCCGCCCCUUCCUCGUCCUCAUCAUCCCCAUCAGCUGCAGCAAGAGGCGCCGGA